AUGCAGCGCUCUCCAACAAAUAAACGUUUUGAUUCCGAUCCGGAUCUAUCCAACAUUGUCGCUCGAAAACGCAAGUAUGAUCACGAUAUUUCAGAUUCAUUCAAAUUAUUCACUGAUAAUAUAUUGAAAAAGAUGGAUGAUUGGAAGACAGAUUUUAAUAAUAAUUUACUUCAAAUAAAUGACACUAUAAAUAAUUUGAUUAAGAACGACGUUGCAAAACUGAACGAGAUUGUAGUCGAGGUGAAGGCAGAGAUCAAUAAUAUGCGUAAGGAAUACACAGAGAUUAAGACUGACAUAGUAAGAUUAAGAACUCAUCAAGUGGCGACACAAAAAGAAAUUAAUAGUCUCCAGCAGUCGGUAAAAUUCAAUGCUGACCAGCAAGACGAGCAAGCAAAAAAGAUUGAAACUUUAGCUGUCGAUAUUAAGAAAACACGUGAAAUAGAAAUGGAAAUUGUUAAAAUGAAACAGCAAAAUAUGCAAUUACAAUCACAACUGAACUCAAGUGAACAGAGAGAGAGAAAUUAUCAAAUAUUGAAAUUGUCGGUGCGCCGGAAUACAAAAGUGAAAAUCUUCAAGACCUUAUUUUGA